GUAACAUCACGCCAGCACUAUUUAUUGCCGAAAUUUCCGAUAUUUCUUACAAUCGACCACCAAACCUGUAGCCUGUCACUGCUCCGGAAUAAUGGAGAACGGUCUCAAACACUAAACAAAAGUGUUUUUAAACAAGGAAAUGAUGUCUCUCCACAUAGUAACGCAAUGGGUCAUCGUCCUGCUGAUAGGGUCCACCGCCUCUCAAGUCAUGCCACAAGCGCCCUUCCCCUACCCGUACCAACAAGGACAACCACCGAUGCAGAUGUUAACUGCCCCCAACGGUCACCCACCGAUGCAGGGUGCACACCCUGGCCCCAUGCCGAUGCCUAACGGUGGACCCAUGCAGAUGCCCCUCAUGAUGCCUCACAUGCCUCGUCUACCUGGCAUGCCAUCCGCCCCUAUGCCAUUCCCCAUGCAAUUCCCUAUCCACGGGGGCAGACUGCCCAUGGUAGUAUCACCACAUCACUCAAAGAAGGCUGACAGACCUCGAAGGAAGAGCCACAAGAACAAACGCAAGCGCAUCAGCAUGGACUCCUCAUCCAGUGAAGGCUCGUGCUCACAAAGUGCGGAGUUUCGCUCCAGGAACAAAUUGAGGACCUCGAAGAAGAAGAAGCAUCAGGUGCUGACUCCUGUGGUCUCGUAUGUCACGAAGGAUGGCUACGUGGUCUACCAGAAGAAGAUUAAGAAGGACAAGGCGAAAGACUGGCUGGAGAUGACGAAGGGAGAACAUGACAGUGAAGAGGACAAGAUUAGGUUCAAACCUCGCGACCACGACCACGACCACUGAUAUCGACACUUUUUAUAUGUUUCUAUGAUGAUAAUGAUCUCCUUAUGUAUAGUUUUAUAUCGCUGCUAAAUAAAACAGAUUAAAGCAUUUUGCAACUACUUAU